ACCCAGCAUCCACCACCCGCCCACCAUCCAAAGCACUCGCCGCUUGAGCCGGGCGCUCGCCACCCGCUGCCCUCUUCCGUUUCAUUCGUCUCAGUCUAUAUCCAGAUGAAGUUCCCCACUAUUGAGUCCAAAGCCGACCGCGGCACAAUGUCUCGGGAUGCCGGAAACAACAGGUCGCGAACCAGCCUCGGGCUCCAGGCCGAGCGCGAACCGACCUUGGAGAUCAUCCCGGUCUUCCGAACGCUCUCCGUCGAGAUCAAGAACCCUGCCAAGAAGAAGGCCCAGGUUGCCAAAGGUGAAAAGGACUGGAAGAAAGAAGACAUUCAUAUCAUUCCGCUCGAGGACCUCUACAACCGCCUCGGUGCCCGCACUGUUUAUGACGGCGGCAUGCUUAGCGCCGUCGCUGCCCAGAAGCUCAAGUUCAGCGGCUCCAACACACUCACGCCCGUCCGCGAAAACCAAGUCCUCAAGGUGCUCGGUUUCUUUUUUGGCGGCUUCUGCAUGUUGAUGUGGUGCGCCGCCAUCAUCGUCUUUCUCUCCUACUGGCCCCUCCCCCAGCUCGACAACCAGGCCCCGAGCAUCUACAACCUCGCCCUGGUCGUCCUCCUCUUGGUUGUCAUUCUCUUCCAAGGAGUCUUCUAUGCCUGGCAGGAUUGGUCCUCGAGCUCGGUCAUGAAGAAGAUCCACGGCCUCCUCGCUCAGGAAGCCAUUGUCUUCCGCGACGGCAAGUCCAUGGUUAUCCCUGCCAGUCAAGUCGUUGUUGGUGACAUCAUCGAGCUCAAGCUCGGCGCCAAGGUUCCCGCCGACUGCCGCAUCAUCGAGUGCUCUGGCGACCUCGCCUUUGAUCGCUCCAUUCUCACCGGCGAGGCCAUUGCCGUCAAAGGAAACGUCGCCAAUACCGACCCGUCCUUCACUGAAACCAAGAACAUUGCUUUUAUGGGAACAUCCAUCGUCAACGGCAGCGGCAAGGCCGUCGUCGUCUUCACCGGCGACAACACCAUGAUGGGGCACAUCGCCUCGCUGACGGCCAAGAAGAAGGUCGAGCAGACUCUUCUGCAGAAGGAAAUCAUCAAUUUUGUCACCUUUGUCGCCGGUGUCGCCUUCUUCUGUGGCAUCGUGUGCAUGCUCAUCUGGGGCUUUGUCUUGAACAAGCAGCCAAAGCCCCAGUACGAUCUUAUUGGCAUGCUUGGCAACCUCUGUGGCAUUAUUGUUGCCUUUGUGCCUGAGGGUCUCCCCAUCUGCAUGUCCGUGACGCUGACAGUGAUUGCCAGAAAAAUGGCCAAGCAGAACGUCCUAGUCAAGAACCUGACGACCAUCGAGACCCUGGGCGCCGUCUCUGUCAUUUGCAGCGACAAAACCGGAACUCUCACGCAGAACAAGAUGACCGUCACUACUGUGAGCUUUGGUGGAGACUCUGCGACCAAGCCUUCGCCCCGUACAGGCCAACUUCUCCACCGUAUUGCCGCCCAAUGUUGCGACGCCAAGUUCCAGGACCCAGACACGGUUCCCCUUGACAAGCGAACUGCCUCUGGCGACGCCACAGAUAUUGCCGUGCUGAAAUACGCUGAGGCACAGGGCUCUGUUGCUCAGAUUCGCUCGUCGUUCAAAAAGAUCUUCACGAUUCCCUUCAACAGCCGCAACAAAUGGAUGCUCACAAUGCAGGAAAUCGGCGACUGCGAAGUACCCGAGCUGUGUGGCUCCACCCUGUUCAUCAAGGGUGCUCCCGAUAUUCUCUUCGAGAAGGUGACCCAUACGAUCACCCCGGACGGAUCCAUCGUUCCGUUCUCAGGAGAGAUUCGACAGAAUAUCCAAGCGUCCCAGCUCGAGUGGGCAGGACAAGGAAAGCGUGUCAUUGCCGUGGCCUACAAGAAAAUCGACGAAGCCCAGGUGCUGACCGCUGCGGGAAUCCAAGAUGGCCUUGAGCCCUUCGCCUAUGCGUCAAUCGGUGAUCUGACCCUCGUUGGUCUGCUGGGUAUUGUCGAUCCACCAAGACCUGAGAUUCGUGGAACCAUUGAAACCUGUCGCAAGGCGCACAUUCGUGUCGCCAUGGUCACUGGCGAUUUCUCGUCGACCGCGGUUGCUAUUGCCCGCGAUGUAGGAAUCGUGACUGCGAGCAACGUGGAUACCAUCACCGACCUCGACAAGGCAGUGUCUAGGAUCCACAAGGAUCCAAAGGGCGAGCGCCCAUCCUUGCUGGACCGCGUCUCCAUGGCCUUUCGAAGAACGUCUAGCAACACCACAAACCCAGCAAAGAAGAGCGCAUAUCUGCGCGCUGAGAUUACCGAGAUUGAGAAUGAUGGUCGUGCCAUCGUCAUCUCUGGCUCUGAGCUCUCCGCACUGACGGAUGAGCACUGGGACAAGAUCUGCAGUUACCAAGAGCUCGUUUUCGCUCGUACUUCGCCCGAACAAAAGUUGAUGAUCGUCGAGGAGUUCAAGAAGCGCCAGGAAAUCGUUGCUGUCACCGGCGACGGUGUCAAUGACUCGCCUGCACUCAAGGCUGCGAACGUCGGAGUUGCCAUGGGUGGAGGCUCCGAGGUCGCCAUGGAGUCUGCUUCGCUGGUCCUGGUCGACAACAACUUUUCGUCACUUCUGGCUGGCAUCGAGAGCGGCCGCCUGUGCUUCGACAACAUCAAGAAGGUUAUCAUGUACUUGAUCCCAUCCGGAUCAUGGUCCGAGCUGUGGCCUGUUCUCCUUUCCGUUUUUCUCGGCAUACCCCUGCCCUUGAAUGCCGCUCUCUGUCUUGUGGUCUGCUGUAUUACCGAUGUCUUUCCCUCGAUCGCUUUGAUCUACGAGUCGUCCGAAAGCGAUCUGAUGACCCGCCCCCCUCGAAAUCCCAAGAAGGACAAGCUCGUGGACGGCCCGAUGUUUAUCCACGUGUACUUUUUCAUCGGCAUGAUGGAGUGUGUGUUUGCACACGUCAUCUUCUCUCUCUACUUCUUUGAAGUCACCGGCGUCGGUUUCAAGGACUUUGUGUUCCAGUACGGCAACCUCACGAACGACCCGAUCUUGUUCCCCAACGGAGUGAGCCUGAGCCAGGCACAAUACCAACAAGUCCUCUACUCGGCAAAUUCGGUCUAUUUUGUGGCUCUUGUUGUGAUGCAGCUCUUCGGAAACAUGUAUGCGUCGCGCACUCGAUUCAACUCGGUCAUUCAGCAAAACCCAUUCUGGGGUCCCACACGCAACCUGUACCUGGUCGGAUGCACCUUCGCCUCGCUUGCCUUUACCGCGAUAUUCGUAUACACCCCGGCCUUCAACAACUUAUUCCAAUGCGGUCCGAUUCCUGCCAAGUACUGGUUCAUCCCCAUCGGCUUUGGUAUGAUCAUCAUCGUGAUGGAUGAGCUACGAAAACUCGCCGUUCGAAUCUAUGGACACGAUUCGUUCAUUGGAAAAAUAUCAUGGUAGAGCAGAGCAUGGGCAUGGGCUCUCAAAUUUCAUUUGUCACU